GUGAUUUGGCUAGUGCCGCAACAUGCCAUGAGCUGCUCGCACUGGCUGUUCGAAGAGUUGUGCGAAUGUGGCACGCUGGCGUUGGAGAAUCCGUGGCCAGCUAUUCCGCUGCUUACCCAUUCGAGCUAGUCACCCGCAUGGCCAGUGGUGCCGUCUCUGCUUUUCGUAGUCAGGCACCGGCCUUGCCUUUAGGAAGAUCCAGCAGCUAUGCCAUUAGUCGAAUUUUGCAGGGCUCUCUCGCCUAUAUUUUGGGCUCGGGGCUGUACCCAGGAUGUUUGCAUUGUGCCUCUGGUGACAACAGAAGUGAUGGCCCUUCUAGUGAGCCCGCUAGUCGGGCCAUUCCAGCUUGGCUAAAGGAGUUGAUUGAUGGAGAUCCUGGCAAAUUCGACAAAGUUGUCCAGUCAAGUAAGAUCAGUCGUAAUCCUGCAAGAUGGCUGCGCUUUCUGUUGACGCUUUGCGGUGAUAUUCAUCCUCACCCAGGUCCUCGUGCUCGCAGGGGGCCGAUGGAUCUUAGUGUGGGUUUUGUGAAGGAGACUUCUUCACGCAUGCAGAGGUGCGUGGAUGCUUUUCAACUUUGGUGCACCGAGUGGUUGCGAAUAAUUUUUUCAUCUUUGCUUCAGGAUAUGUCCUUGAUGGCUCAGAGCUUAUGGUUUGUAUUGUUUCGAGGAAGGUUUGCCUCGGUAUCUUUUUGUUUACACUUUGACUGGCGUGCAAGAGUUUUAUCCUUCAAUCCGAUCACAUCUCGGAAUUGCCUGGCAAAUAGACAAAAAGUGGCAGAUUCAUGAACCCGGACAGUGCAGAUCAGUGCUUCCUGCAAUGGCUGUCAAGGCCGCUUUGUGCUUGGAAACAAUGGGAUGCUGUGAUGAGCCGCUUGGGCAUUCCUCAUCGUCAGACAGAUCGGGGUGCAACUCCAGGGGUGCUGCGAGGCUCUGAUGCGACUUUUCUUUAUAGCACUUCUGAAGAUGUUUCUUGGGUGGCAUGGCGAGGUAGAUGGAGUCGUGUGAGAACUUUAGAGUAUUAUUUGCAGGAGGUUGGAGCUCAGCUGUUAGUCCACAGUCUAGAUCCUGUAUCAAAAAAAGAUGAUUGAAGAGUUUGCAACUUUUGCUUGGCCCGUGAUUCGUUCCUUGUGUCUUACAGAGUAGCCAAGUGGAAUUGAUCUGGCAAUGUGUGUUGUCUUCUUAGCUGAGACUGUAGAGAUGGCCACAGUCAGUCGUUCGAACUCCAUGGUGUCUUUCUUGUGACUGGCCUAACAUGGGCCUUGAAAAACGGGGCAGCUUCGAGAAAGCAGGCAAAACAGUGAG